AGCCUAUUAAGCCUCCCAUUCCGCUCCGCUCCACCACUCCCACCCCUUCCCCCAUCCCUCCUCUCGCAAUGGCUACCACCGUGAGGCCACCACCACCACCCCAGCCCAAGAAUGUGCUGUGGGUCGACGGCGAGCUCGCCUCGCCAACAGGCUCGGACACACCACCUGCACAUGGCAACAAGGUUUUUGACUUGCCUGCCGUGAACGCCGAGGCGGACGAGUACUAUGGCACCCGCAAGAUGUACUCGCGCACGCGAACUCUCAGCAAUGCCGGCACGACAUGGAGUGCCAAGUCGCGCCCGAUGUUGAUGGACGGCGAGUACAUCCAGCGCAACCGACGCCUGUCGCACGACGAGCAGGGAAGCGCGCCGCGCCGCUUCCUCGUGGACGUUGAGGAAACGAUGCGUCUCGUUCUUGCGCAGGAGGACACAGAUGACAACUGUCAGAUCUCCAUCUACGACUCGGGCCCCAAGCUUAUCUCUCUUGGUACCGCUAGCUCGAACGCGUACCGCUCCUGGGACGUUCGUGGCAACUACAUGCUCACGAACCUUCUCGCUGAGCUUGCUCUAGCCCGCGACUAUGGCCGGCGCUUCAUCGUCCUCGACGAGGCACGGCUAGCAGAGAACCCGGUCGAUCGUCUCAGCCGGAUGAUCAAGAAUUCGUUCUGGAACCACCUCACGCGACGUAUCGAUGAGCAGGGCAUCGAGAUCGCCGCGGCAGACCCUAAGAACCGUUCCAGGAUCAGUCACCCUAUCAUCUAUAUCCCCCACGGCGAGGACGAGAUGUUGGAGCACUAUCAGGGAAUCGCCCGCGACCGGCCACACCUCAAGCUCGAGGUCGUGCAGCUCCCCAAGGACUGCGACGACCCCGAGUACGUCAAAUCGCUCAACGAGAGGCCGGGAAUCCUCGCUCUUGCGAUGAAGAAAAACGAGGAAGGCAAGCUCGAGGCUCUACCCUUCGUUGUCCCCGGCGCUCGGUUCAACGAGAUGUACAACUGGGACAGCUACUUCAUUGCUUUGGGCCUUCUUGUGGACGGCCGCCUGGACCUGGCCAUGUCGAUCAUGGAGCACUUCAUUUUCCAGAUAAAGCACUACAACAAGAUCUUGAACGGCAACCGCAGCUACUACCUGUGCCGCGCCCAGCCGCCAUUCAUGACCGACCUCGCGCUGCAGAUCUUCAACAACAUCGACCAGAACGACCCGAAGAACAUUGCGUGGCUUAAGCGCGCUAUCCAGGCCGCGAUCAAGGACUACCACGUCUACUGGUGCUCGGAGCCGGCGCUCCACGUCGAGACCGGUCUGUCGCGCUACCGACCAAAGGGCUUGGGCAUCCCCCCCGAGACCGAGGCGUCCCACUUCACGCACAUCCUGCAGCCGUAUGCCGAGAAGAACAGGCUCUCGGUCAACGACUUCAUCGAGGCAUACAACGACGGCACGAUCAAGGAACCCGAGCUCGACGAGUACUUCCAGCAUGACCGCGGGGUGCGCGAGUCGGGGCACGACACGACGUACCGCUUCGAGGGCAAGUGCGCGGACCUCGCCACGAUCGACCUCAACUCGCUACUGUACAAGUACGAGAUCGACAUUGCGAACGCGAUCGCAGCUGUGUUCAAGGAGGACCUGGAGCUCGAGGACGAGUUUGACCUCUCGCCGUGGCCGAUGACGCGCGAGGCGUUUGACGGGCCGCGCGACAAGUCGACGUCGCGCAAGCAGACCGCUGCGGAGUGGUACGAGCGCGCACGCGUGCGCAAGGAGCGUAUCGACAAGUACUGCUGGAACGAGGGGCAGGGCGCCUACUUUGACUGGAACUGCAAGAAGGGGCGCCAGGAGCGGUACUUGUCCGCGACGACGUUCUGGCCGAUGUGGGCGGGCUGCGCGGACGAGCAGCAAGCUCUGCGGCUCGUGCACGUCACGCUGCCGAAGCUCGAGGCGCCCGGCGGCCUGCUGUCCGGCACGGAGGAGUCGCGCGGCCCGAUCGGGCUCGAUCGCCCGAACCGCCAGUGGGACUGGCCGACGGGCUGGGCGCCGCACCAGGUCAUGGCGUGGGUCGGGCUCGAGCGCUACGGCUUCUCGGAGGAGGCCAACCGCCUGAGCUACCGGUGGGCGUUCAUGAUUGCGCUCUGCUUUGCGUCGUUCUCCGGCAUCGUUGUCGAGAAGUGGGACGUUGCGGCGCUCUCGCACAUGGUCGAAGCAGAGUACGGGAACCAGGGCAUGGCGGUGCGCUACAUCAACCGCGAAGGAUUUGGGUGGACGAACGCGUCGCUCCAGAUCGCCCUCCAGUUCCUCACCACCGGCAUGCGGCGCGGUAUUGCCAACCUCGUCCCGCCGUGGGACUACUUCGGCCUCGAGACGCCGCCCAUGCCCGCGCUCAAGCGCCGCGAGGAGCGCGCAGCGCACGAGGCCACCGCGCUCCGUCGCAGCCCGUCCAGCGUCCUCCGCCAGGGCCCGACGUACGAGCAGACUUUGGAGAAGCUGCGCGGCCUCAAGGUCGGCGAGGACGGCGGACGCGUCCUGUAGCGCCGAAACAAGCAGCAACCACUGGAUAGUGAUGGACUACUGUGCCGACGCAAAGUGUUAGAAAUUGUAGCACCCGAUAGAGAUGCAUUGUCGUUACGAAC